CAGAGGGGAACGAUGGUGCCAACAAUGCUGCUCCUGCUGGUGGCGGUCGCCCAGACCCUGAUCGAGAUCCGCGCGGGCCCACACUCGCUGCGAUAUUUCUACACCGCCGUGUCCCGGCCCGGCCUCGGGGAGCCCCGGUUCAUUAUCGUCGGCUACGUGGACGACACGCAGUUCGUGCGCUUCGACAGCGACGCUGAGAAUCCGAGAUAUGAGCCGCGGGCGCGAUGGAUGGAGCAGGAGGGGCCGGAGUAUUGGGAGGAGCAGACACAGAUCGCUAAGGGCAAUGAGCAGGUUUUCUGAGUGAGCCUGAGGAACCUGCUCGGCUACUACAACCAGAGCGCGGGCGGCUCUCACACGAUCCAGCGGAUGUACGGCUGUGAAGUGGGGUCCGACGGGCGCCUCCUCCUCGGGUACCAGCAGUUCGCCUACGACGGCCGCGAUUACAUCGCCCUGAACGAAGACCUGAAAACGUGGACGGCGGCGGACAUGGCAGCGCAGAUAACCCGUCGCAAGUGGGAGCAGGCUGGUGCUGCAGAGAGAAGCAAGGUCUACCUGGAGGGCGCGUGCGUGGAAUCGCUCCGCAGAUACCUGGAGCUCGGGAAUGCGACGCUGCUGCGCACAGAUCCUCCAAAGGCCCAUGUGACCCAUCACCCCAGAUCUGAAGGUGAAGUCACCCUGAGGUGCUGGGCCCUGGGCUUCUACCCUGCUGACAUCACCCUGACCUGGCAGUUGAAUGGGGAGGAGCUGACCCAGGACAUGGAGCUUGUGAAGACCAGGCCUGCAGGGGAUGGAACCUUCCAGAAGUGGGCAGCUGUGGUGGUGCCUCUUGGGAAGGAGCAGAAUUACACAUGCCAUGUGUACCAUGAGGGGCUGCCUGAGCCCCUCACCCUGAGAUGGGAGCCUCCUCCAUCCACUGUCUCCAACAUGGCGACCAUUGCUGUUCUGGUUGUCCUUGGAGUGGCCAUCACUGGAGCUGUGGUGGCUUUUGUGAUGAAGAGGAGGAGAAACACAGGUGGACAAGGAGGUGACUAUGCUCCAGCUCCAGCAUGAAGACAGCUGCCUGAAGUGGACUGAGUAACAGCCAGUGUGACUUGGGUCUUCAAUUUUCCGUAGAGAACAGUGUGUGAUGUUCCCUGUGAGCCUGUGGGCUCAAUGUGAAGAACUGUGGAGCCCAGCCUUCACCUCUACACCAGGACCCUGUCUCUGCAUUGCCCUGUGUUCCCUUCCACCGCCAACCUUCCUGGUCUGCAGUGGAAACUAAGGGUUCUUUGGAAAGUCGGUUGGAUGGUGGUGUGCUGGGGCAAACACACGAAGGAGUGUUUCCUUAAAGUGGAUACAGGUGUGAAAGGCUAAGGCCGACUCCUGAAGGACCAUUUCACUGAAGCAGACACAGGAGAGAGGAUGUUCUGCUAAACAAGCAUGUGAAAGGACGCGUGAUGAAGGAUUCUUUGCUAAAGACACACUUACAUUGGUCUGCCUUACACUGUGUAGUUGAGCUGCAUUGGUCGGGGCGCCAUAGAGAGAAACGCACCAAAACAUUCUGAUAGUAUGCUGCAGUUUGUUGAUGCUUCCAAGGACAUGAGCUGAUUGGAUGCCUGUGCUGAGGCAAGACGCGUGGAGGACACGUGAUGACUGGAGAGUAUAAAUAGGAUUCCAUGGAGUGACUGAGACAGUUUGGCUUGCCGGUACAGUGUGGGUCUUGCGUCUUCACUGGUCUUCACUUCCAUAAGAGAGGUACAGCAAAGAACUUCUCCUGGUAUUCCUGCUGGUCCUUCCUGCUGGCCCUAGCUGAGGCCUGGCUGUCUCUGCUAGGUCCCAUCACUUCUGUUGCUAACCUGACUCUACCGAACUGGACAACUGCUAUAUCCCUGAGGUGUUUGCAGGUGGAUGGAGCUGCCAGAGCUGACCUGUGAAUUGAACUGCCAAUGUCCAGACAACUCAGAUGGGAGUUGCUCCCAAGAACCUUUCUAAACAGGAACACUUCCCUCUCCCCUGAUAUCUAAUUUUAGACUAAAGAGUGUAAUCUCAAAUAUCUUACUUUGGUUUAGAUUUUUGUAUAUUGACAGAACUGUAAUCUUAUACAUUGCUAUAGCAUACUGUAUACAUGCUUUGACUCUUGUUUAAGGCACUAUACCUAUGCCACUCAUUUUUAAAUGUAAUGUAAAGCUCUAAUCCGUGAAAGACACUAUUGCAAACAGUUCAAGAGAAUUAAGAAAUGCAAGUGGGUAUUCAGUCAAACAAACUUAUGGACAUGUUAGGCACUAGUUGUGUUAAUUACAAAAGUAAGCUUUCUUUAGCCUCUUGCAGAUCUUUCCAAAGUUCACCAGAUAAUAGAUAGCUAGAAACAAGCAACGCUUACCUAUGCUGAGGUACUAUACAUACAUAGGUGGUCUAUGAAAAUCUCAGAGAUCUACAGGAAAUGUAGAUCUAAAGUGUUCUAUUAACACGAGGCUUUCCAUGACAGUGAGACAGGACUGCGCAUGGCAUCACUCCUGUGUUGGUUUCCAUAUGCUCACCCAGGGAGUGGCACUAUUAGAAGAUGUGGCCCAGCCGGGCAGUGAUGGUGCACGCCUUUAAUC